GUAAGGUCAAAGUUGAACUAUGACGUACACCAAUACUAAUUGAAGAGCUAUCAGUAGCGUCUUUUUGUGUGGUUGUUUCGUGACUAAUUUGAGCAAAAAUGUUGUUUAAUUUCUAGCCAAGAUCAAUAACAACAACAACUGCUUCUUCAAAGCGUUUGUGUUUAACUAGUCGACUAUGUCAGUUAAUUAGCGUGUUAGCAAAGAACACGCAGCGUUAGCUCAACUAUGGACGCGCUGAGCAUCGUUGCGGAUGAAGUGGCGUUGGAGGGACUGGAGGGAAUAACCCUCCCUUCUCUUUGGAUUCGCCUGGAGGACAGAAAGCCAAAGUUCCCGCUGAAGCUCGACGACUGCACCAAAGGUUUCAUCUGGAGGUCCCUCGCUAGCAACGCCGAGCUGAGCUUCUACGAACUGCCUGUGGAGAGAGAAGACGUGGAGCUGUUUGACAGGUUUAUCAACAUCGACCCAGAGACGGGCUUUGAAAUAAAACACAAAUUCAUCCCUGAGAAAAUGAAUAUCUAUCCUGCUAGUAUCAUUCCUGAGAAUAAGGAUGGAAUUCAAGGCUCGUGUGUCUUCUUCAAAGAGAGGAAGGAUGUCACCGAGCAUGUCCGCUGCAAGUCUCUCACCCCGCUGGUUAGCAUACAGGAAGCGAUGGAAAAAUAUGGACGGAAACUUGUAGUCGUUGCAUCUCAGGCUCUGAGAUUCCGAACUCUGAUCGGGAGCGGGACCGAUCCUGACCUAAAACUCAGUAACGAGUCGUUCUGCCUGCUUGAGCGGAUCGGCCGUGGACGUUGGCAGGGAGAACUACAGAGUGAUCUGCAUACAACCCUUUUCAAGAUAGACCCACGGACGAUGCACUAUUUCAGGAAGUCUCUUGUCAAGCAUGACCUGAUCACCAUGCAGUCUUAUAUCAGACGGCUGACGACAGGACAGCAGCAGCACACCAUUCUCCUCCUGCUGAAACGUUUCCAUGUAAACAGGAGGAGCAAAAAUGAUAUUCUGUUGGAGCAAGUGUCCGACUUUCUGCAGCAGUUACCGAAUCAGUUCUGCCCUGUGGAUUAUCUCAAAAAACAAUUAAAUAUGAAUGAAAAGACUUUAAAGCGUGUGUUUAGUUGCUUCCGAUUCAGCAAAAUUGCAGAGUUUUCUCAGCAUCCUAUAGAAGAAAUAGAUCCCACCGCUGAACCUGUCACCAAUAAAAAUGGCACUAAAGUUCUUGUGCGCUGUAUAAAGCUCUUGAAGCCAUACGGGAACAGAAACACUGCAGAUUUUGAUGACGAGGAUGAUGAAGAUGAAGAGUAUGCUGGAGGCAGAGGAGGAGGACUCCCCUCAGAAGGAAGAAUCAUGGAGAGGGACAUCCUGUCACAGGCCUAUCACAUCAUUUUGUCCUCUGGUACAAAGGGAAUGUCUCAGAGGGAGGUCGGAUUAAGGUUGAACAUUGGUAAGCUAGAAUCCCGUGUGAUCUGUCGACACCUGAGCAAGGCUGAUGUGAUUAAGAGUUUCAUGGAGGAUGAGGGUCGGCAGAGGACUUACAAAUUCAUUAGCCACAAAUUUGUGAGUGGCAGCAAUCAACUCCAGCUGUUUGCUAAAGAGCAGGAGAGAAGCAAGCUGUUGUGCUCCUCAUCUCCAAACGUGUUAGACACAGAGCCAGACUCCUCUAAAACAUCGUCAACCUCGAAAGUGCCCAAAACCAAAGGCUGCAAAACCCCCAAAGGCAAGAAUAGCAAGAAAGCAGGUGAAGGGAAAAAGAAGGAUGCUGAAGAGGAGCAGCAGCUGGUUUGUGAAAAUCUCACAGAGGAUUCGGUGAAUGAAAAUCCAGAUGGAAAAAGUAAUAGAGCAAAUGCGAAAUCAAGAAAAAAGAAGAGUGUGGAGGAAAACAACAUGACAGCAAAGCAGAGCCAACCUGACACUCCCACCACACAAUCUACUCAAGCUGAAUGUGAGACUCCCUCCUCCAGUGGAUCUAUGGAGGCAAUAACGCUGAACUCCGCUGACAUUCCCACUGCAGUGGAGGAAGAGGAACAACCCAACUUAUCUCCUGCCAGCUCUUUGCCUCAGAGCGAGGCUGCUCGUUCAUCUGAUAACUCAUCCAGCACCAAGAUCAUUGAAGUUGAGAGUGAUUUCCAACCACAGAGGUCCCAUGAGACGUACCGCCUGUUGAAGAGGAAGAACUUAAUUGUUGAAGCCAUCCGUAACCUCAAGAUCGUAGAAGGCUUUUUCCCGCUACAGAAGAUAAUCAGUGAGGCAGAAAAGCAGGAGGGUGUUAAUACAAAGUGUUGCAGAAAGACUGUUUUACGGCUUGUCCACUGUCUGUCCAAAGAAGGCUUACUGAAGCUUUACACCACUACUGUUGUACAGGACGGCGUCACCAAAAAGGUGAACAUAGUUGUUCAUCCAUCUAUUCAACCCAAUGAUGAGAAAGUUAUUCAACUCAUUGACGAGGUUCGCUUCAAAAUCUCAAGCUCAUAUGCAGCUGGACGCCUGCAGGUUGCUGAAGAGAAGCAGCUCAAAUCCACAUCUAAAGAACUGAGGAGUGAUGCUCUGCACCAGAGCUUAGAAGAUGAGGAAGACAAAAAUUUUAAGCCCACAACAGUUCCUGGACUUGGCAAAACAUUUGGCUUCCAGCCCAAAAUGAUCCGUCUGCGGGUCAUUCAUAGCUUUCUCUGGUACCUGCUCUAUGACCACCCACUGAGAGAUAAAGCCUCUAAGCCGGAUUUGUCCAGUCAGACACCAGUAGAACCAGUCGAAUCCAAUCCUGACACCAAGCUCCCAGAAUCCAAAGCAAAACUGGAUGUGAAAGAAUCUGAAAUCUCUAAUUCAAGUCUGAUGGGCGAGGGAUCAGGGGAUGAAGAUAGCCAGCAGAGUGAUAAAUCUAAACCUGAUCAGUGUGACUCUGACUUGAAAGUGUAUGUUGAUGAACACUCAUGGAGGAGAUUUGUCCCGCCUGUUUAUGUCCAAAAAGGCUUCUCUACUGGCUGGGCGAUGCUUCGCAAUAUUCUACUUUGCUUGCCGCUUUCCAUUCUUGUGCAGAUCGUACAGUUUAAUUACAAGGUGGAUGAACUGGAGGACUAUCUCAGUGACCCUGUGAAGCAGCACUAUCUUGUGAGAGCACUGCCUCAAAGAAUGAAAAGACAGCUUCUUUAUAAAAGGAAAUACAUCCAUGUCUUUUAUGUGAACCUGCAGAAGCUGACCUACAUGGGCUUAUUGCAGUUCGGUGUUGUUGAAAGGUUCAAGGACAAAGACCAGGUGUUUAUUUAUGUGAAACGCAAUGCCACCAUUGUCGACACAACCACUUCAGAGCCUCACUACUGGCUGGUCCAGGAGCCCCCUGACAAGCCCUUUGAGCGGCGCCAUUACGUGUUCAACACUGCCCAGGAUGUGGAGAGCUUCUGGUUCGACCUGAUGUGUGUCUGCCUCAACACACCUCUGGGCGUGGUUCGAAGCAAGAGAAAUGGAGCAGCUGAUGAAUCCACUCCUCCUUUUGUGCACGAUCACAGCGUGAUUGUUGGAAUGGGUUACCUGCUAAAAGGCAGCUAUGAGGUGUGUGACGAUGGCUCCAUACCAGGAGACGGUAGAGGAGCAGGAGGUCGAGACUCAGAGCUCUUCAGUCAUCUUAAACGCAACUGGUUGUGGACAAGUCACCUACUUAAUACUAACACGAAGUUAAUUGAAUCACAGGCACCAGAUCCCCAACCAAGACUGAAAAGUCUGCUGAGUAGAAGUGCCCUGAGGAUGGCGCUUCAAGCUGGAAAUGCCAUUGCACCUUCUUAUUUGACCAACAAACGGCCUCUGAUCAAAGAAAACAUUGAGGUGGGGAUAGAGCCAGCUUUCAGAAACCAGCAGGUCGUUGGAGGAAAGGGACAGAAGAGGAACAAGAAGAAAAAAGAAGCGGUCAAGGUCCAGCGCAAGUCGAAGAAAGAACCUAGAAAACGCACUCUGGCCCAUGAUGCGACAGACCACCAGGCUCUGAAACGGAUGACCAGAAACAGAGUGUACUGGUCUGUUCAGGAGGACUCCAUCAUGAUGCUCUGCUCAGUGGCGUCAGACCUGCUCAACAGCAAGCUUAAAAGGCCUUUUGUGCCUCACUGUGUUGUAAGAGACAUUCUCCACGCAGAGUUUGACAAAUCGAAAGAUAAAACGUCUGUCUCUGUUGCACGUCGCUCAACUUACAUUCUUAAAAAUCCUCAAACGGUUCUGAACUACAGGAUCUGUUUGGCGGAGGUUCACCAGGACAAAGCUCUGAUGACACUGUUGGAGGAGAACAAACCGACUGACCCUAAUGACCCAGAGGCCUGUGCCAAAGCCUUCUCUGAAUACAUGCGCCUGCUUAGACAGAAGUUCAAAACCAUCAUGGAUGAUCGUGCCCCAAUGAUACCAGACUCUCAAGAGCAGAUCUUUUCACAAUAUAAAGUUUCUGCAAUAGAUGAAGGGAAACAUGUCGUUUACAAAGACACCAUCAGCUGCAAAGAAGACAUUUAUGCUGUCGUCUUGUACAAUUUGAUCCAGAGCUCUCUGGUUAUGACCAAUGGUCAGAUGAAAUCUUCCCGAUCAUUUCAGACCUUCCAGACGUACAAUAAGUAUGAUCAGGAGCUGCUCUGUCGAGUGUUCGUCCAAUGCAGGAAGAGGGGCCUGUACAAUCGGCGCCGCAUCACUCCGAGUUUGGAACCAAAGAGGAACAGAUGUCUUCCCAUUCUGCCCAUGUCAUUCCAGAUGUCCCAGUCCUACUACAGGCGUUUCUCAUGGCGCAUUCCUCAUUCCCUCUGCACCGACUCCUUCUGCUUCUUGAGAAAUCUAAUCACCAACGGGACAGGGGACAACAGACCAGCCACCGCUUUCUACCAUGAAACUGAAAUCAGGUCACAAGCCAGUGAGGAAACGUGUGAGAGAAAAACGGCAAGAAAAGGAAAGCCCACUUCAACCAUGGACUCUCACAAGCAGACUGCUGGAGAGGAAUCCACAACCGAAGUAAACAACAGCCAAAGUAUAAUGCAGGGAGAAGAGAAACCUGUGGAAUCAGAUGGGAAGAUUGAGAGCACUGAUGAGAAGAUCACAUUAGAUGAACAGAAAAUCCCAGAAUGUUCUGCUCAAUCUGGAGCUGAUGAUGGUUCCUCAAGCAGAGAGCAGACAGAUGAUCAUGUCCCUGAAGAGCCAGAAGAGGCCCCAGCUGCUAAACCCGGAGCAGCUCCACAGGAUCCUCCUGAUCUAUCAGAUAUGCUGAAGUUCUCUCUGAACAAUCCAGGAGGAGCUUGCGUCGUCUCCCUCAGCCUGAUGACUCUAGGGCUGCUAAGCGUUCAUGUGUCCAUCCCCAAGCAAAUAGUCGUGGUGGACAGCAGCCUGGUGGACAAUGAGGUAGUCAAGAGCAUAGCUGCUCUGGAAGAAGAUGAUGACGAUGAUGAUGACGACGGCGAAGAGUGUGAAGGGCGGAAAAGGCUUCAAGUGAGCGCACACCAGGCAUCACACACCAACUACCUACUGAUGCGGGGAUACUCCUAUCCAGGAAUUGUUAAAUUGCGUAAUCUCAACACGAAUGAUAACAUUGUGGUUGAGUCGUGCAUCAUGAAUCUGAAACUACGAGACACUCCUGCUCACCAUUUCUUCAGCGAUCAGAAUGUUCCACCACUAGAUUUAACUAAAUACGGUCCCUCGCUGCUGCCCCCUGUCCUCACCCGUAACAUCCUCUCGCCAUCCUCUUCUCCACCCACUGCGGAGGAAUGUGAGAGACGCUUGAUCCAGGAUGGAGGAUACACGGCUCAGGACAUUGAGGCGUGUGCUCAAAUCAGGAGGAGUUUACAUGAAGCUGGAGAAAAAGGUUUGGAUGCAAGAGACCUGCACAGGUCUCAUGUCCACCUGCUGGAGCCGCAGUCUGGACGCACGAGGAGCCUGCAGCAGUACUUGCAGGACCUGCAGGUAGAAGGCCAGGUAGUCCAAGUCGGGAGUAUGGGUGUCCGCUGGGUCCUCAUGGAGCAUGCCGAGCCGUGGCUCCUGACUGUUAACUGCAAGCAAAUCCCUCGGUCUCUCCUGACGGGCAACAGACAUUCAUACCUGAGGACUCAUCACAACAUUCCUUUUGCACGCAAGAGGUGCAGCACAGAAGUUCAUCGGGAGGGAGUGGGGCCGCCUGCGAAAAGGCUAGCUAAAGACAGAGAAAAAGAGACGGACAAAGAAACAGUGGAUGGAUCUCCAGGUGAGGUAACUGAGAAACCGAAUGAAUACCAACAGCCAGAACAGCAGAACGAGAAGGUUGAUGAAGGAAGUGGAGAUAAAUCCAUGAAUUUGGAAGAGGGGAAACAUGCGCAGUCAGAACAUGAUGGAGAAGAACAUGAUGGACAGAAGAUGGAAACUGAGCAAGGACAAAGUAGACCAAAAAGAACCAGAAAAUGCAGAUUUACUGAUGAAAAAGAUCAAGAGUCAUUCUUUCUGCAAUCAGGAUCAGCUGAUGCUGAGGAGAAACUGAGUUUCAUCAGCAGGCCGUGGCGCUUCAUUGAUGGGAAGGUUAACCGGUCGGUGUGUAAAGGGAUCUUGGAGGCCGUUCUGUAUCACAUCAUGUCUCGGCCAGGGCUCACUCAGCAGGCCCUGCUGGGACAUUAUAAAGACACUCUGCAGCCUCUGGCAGUGCUAGAGAUGGUUCAGGCACUCAUAGAUAUUGGUUGUGUAACAAAGAGAACUUUAGUUAAACAGCCCAAACCGUCACUUUUCAGCCGCUCUGCACCAACGGACAGUGGGGCCUCAGGGGUGACAGAGGAACCAGACACGGUGUUUUAUGAGCCCACCAUCAGCUGCUGCCUGCGGCUCUGUCGGGUGCUGCCCAACGACCGACACUGGAACGAGUGCUGAACCUGAAUCUGUGGAUCUUUCUCGCUCACAAGGCUCCGCCUCCUUUCUUGAUUUUUUUUUUUUUUUUUUUUUUUUUUGUAAAUUAGGCCAAGAUUCUAGUAGAAAAAACAAAUUUCUAUGAAAGAUUUUCUUUUGGUGUGUCAAUAUUAUGUCCCACUGUUUUUUUUAUUUAUUUAAGAUUUUAAAUAAAGAUUUGUUUCACCUUA